UCGAAACUUCCUAAUGAUACUCGCAUUCCAGCUUGGGCCUAUCUGCUGCCAAGCCAAAACAACGGUACAAUGCUCCACUCUCCAAAAAGACCGGAGGUUCGUAAGUUUAUAGUGUGGUGACCCAAUGGCAUGAGCUGAUGAAUGAUAUGGUCCCUUGUUCACACAGGCUUCCCGGAAAAUCAGAAUUUCAGUAACCCUACCGGAGUCUCCAACUAUAGCCCACCCUUGCCUUCCUGCUCUGGUGGACCGGAGGACGACACUGAGCCCACAAGCCCUCAGCCCGGGAACCACGGAGGCGGAGGCGGUAAGGGCACGAAAACGGCUGCGAUAGUUGGAGGAGUCGUUGGUGGAGUGGCUGGUCUUGUGGUCAUUGGAGCCGUUGCUUAUAUUGUUUAUGCUAAGAGGGCCGCACGGGGUACCGCAGCCACCCCUGCAGGUGGCGGCAUGACCACCGCUUAUGGCGCUGGUAUGACAGAAGUAGCCAACGCUCGAACGCCGUCCGCUGCUGGAGGUCCCGCCCGAAUGUCGGAUGCUAGUCCCUUUGCGGAAUUAGGUGUCGGUAUGUCCGAGAAUGGCGCAGCACCGGGUAUGGGCGCUUCUGCAGGGUCAGGGUCUGGUGCAGCUGGAAGUAGGACGGCAUCGGAUAUUAUUGCUUCCAUCGCCGCCUUUCCUUCUGAAGUUCCAGCUUCGGCAAUCCCUUCUGUUUCGAUGGAUCCUGAGGCUGGAGGUUAUGCGCCCCGGGGAGGGGCUAGGCCAAUUGGGAUUGGAUCUGGGUUCACGGGUGCAGACUCUGAAUUUCCGGCAGCUUCAGGUUCCGGGGCGGGAGCGAGAGGAGGCGGUGGGGCUGGAGGAUCGGCAGCCAUUGCCUUUGGGGGGAGGCUGUUCGGCAUGUCCGACGAUAGACCAAACGACCAGGAGGUGCACUCUGUGCGAGAAAUUGCAAGCGUGAGCAACGACACUUCGAGCCUACUGCAUUCGCUCGGCCAGCCCCCUCCUUACAGCAUUGAUUCGACCCCCCAAUCCCCAGAAAACAUUAGUUCUCGCGAUCGUGUUGGAUCAAACACACCUUGGGAAUGAGUAUUCACCAAACCAAAGUCCAUAUCACGCGCACCACUCUCUAGCACCUCAAACGCCAGUUGAGGGCUGGCCCAUAAUAGCUUUCCUUUCCGUCCUCCGGUGUGGCUGCAUUACGUCGACUUCUUGU